GAUGUUUCUUAACGCGAGAACUAAGAACGGGAUCCGUGAAGGCCGGGAUUUUCAUUCAUCGAUCCGAGCCAACAGUUUUAGAAAAUGGCCACUGCGGAAGUACGGCUCAAUCACACAAUCUACAUCAAUAACUUGAAUGAGAAAAUCAAGAAAGAUGAGUUGAAAAAGUCGCUGUACGCUAUCUUCUCACAGUUCGGACAGAUUUUGGACAUACUGGUCGCACGAAAUUUGAAGAUGAAGGGCCAGGCCUUUGUUAUCUUCAAAGAGGUUAACAGCGCCUCCAAUGCACUGAGGUCCAUGCAGGGAUUCCCUUUCUAUGACAAACCAAUGCGCAUCCAGUACGCCAAACAGGACUCGGACAUCAUAGCUAAAAUGAAGGGCACAUAUGUGGAGCGUGACCGUAAGAAAGAGAAGAAGAAGCCAAAAGGACCUGAUGCGUCAGGAGCUAAGAAAGCUGCGGGGGCUGCUGCGCCUAUGAUUGCUGGGGUACCUGCUGCUAUGCCUGGAAUGCCUCCUAUGAGCCAGGCUCCACGCAUGAUGCACAUGCCAGGACAGCCUCCUUACAUGCCCCCUCCAGGCAUGAUGCCACCUCCAGGGAUGGCACCCGGCCAGAUCCCUCCUGGUGCCAUUCCUCCUGGUCAGAUGAUGCCCGGACAGAUGCCAGGACAAAUGCCUCAGCAGGUUUCAGAAAAUCCACCCAAUCACAUCCUCUUCCUCACCAACCUGCCAGAGGAGACAAACGAACUCAUGCUGUCCAUGCUCUUCAACCAGUUCCCGGGGUUCAAGGAGGUGCGUCUGGUCCCUGGCCGCCACGACAUCGCCUUUGUGGAGUUUGAGAACGAGGUGCAGGCUGGCGCUGCACGAGAUGCGCUGCAAGGCUUCAAGAUCACACAGACAAAUGCCAUGAAGAUCUCGUUCGCUAAGAAAUAACACCUUUCAGGAGUCGUUUUUCUUGCAUAAACCCAGGUCUUUAUAUUUAAAAAAAAAAAAAAACAACAAAAAAAAAACAGUACACCGGUGCCCCAAACUAAGAAACUUUUUUUUAAGAAAUUGACCUUUGCGGUUCAGUAAAACCAUUUCCCUUCCAGCCAGGACUACAUGUAAGUAUGCAUCAGGUUUCUGUGUUUUUUAUCUUGCAGAACUGACGGAGCUCUCACUGUAAAGACAGUCGGGUCUUUUAUAGAGGGUCCUAUUUGGUAUUUACUUACUUUAUUUUACACUCACUAACACAGGCAAUGUGACAUGUUUUAUGUUUUUUAAUUGUUUAUUAUAAAGCAUUGCACCCAGAGUCUGGUCCGCCAGACAUUGAACCUGGAGCUUUUUCUUUUUAUAAUUAAAUGUUUCUUUGAGAAA